AUGUUGGAUGUUACGCGAUUUCUUUUGAAGCAAGGACUAUCUUUCCGUGGACAUGAUGAGUCAAGUAAUUCUUUAAAUAGAGGAAACUUUCUUGAAUUGCUUCAAUGGUACAGUCAACGAAAUAAGGAAGUUUCAAAGGUUGUUAAUCAAAAUGCUCCCGGAAACAAUCAAAUGAUUUCUCCAGCAAUUCAAAAAGACCUUACGCGUGCUUGUGCCUCUGAGAUCACACUUUCCAUAAUCGAAGAUAUUGGAAACAAUGUUUUCUCCUUAAUGGUUGAUGAAUCUCGAGACAUUUUAGUGAAGGAGCAAAUGGGAGUUGUUUUGAUAUAUGUGAACAAAAGAGGACAGGUGAUUGAACGAUUCCUUGCAAUUGUACAUGUAUCUGACACUAGCUAUCGUUCUUUAAAGGAUGCUAUCGAUGCUUUAUUUGUGAAACAUGGAUUAUCAUUAUCUAGACUGAGAGGUCAAGGAUAUGAUGGAACUUCAAAUAUGCGAGGUGAAUUCAAUGGGUUGAAAUCUCUCAUUUUGCAAGAAAAUCCAUAUGCAAGUUAUAUUCAUUGUUUUUCUCACCAAUUACAGUUAGUUAUUAUUGCUGUUGCUAAGAGUAAUUUCAAUGCGAGUGAUUUUUUUAACUAUGUCACUAUGAUUGUUAACACAACGGGAGCAUCAUGUAAAAGGAGAGAUCAACUUAGGCAAAUUGAACAUGAUAGGAUUGUUGCAAUGUUGGAGGGUGGAGACAUUAGUACAGGCAGUGGCAAAAAUCAAGAAACUAAUUUAGUAAGGCCAGGAGACAUUCGUUGGGGAUCACACUACUUGACAUUGGGUCGUCUAUUAUCUAUGUGGCCUUCAGUGAUUCAAGUGUUGGAGAAUAUUUAUGAUGAUUCUAGUUCUUUUGAUAGUAGAGGGGUUGCCAAAAGUUUGAUUCAGAAAAUGGAGAAUUAUGAGUUUGUUUUCAUGUUGCACUUGAUGAAGAUGAUAUUGGGAAUGACAAAUGAGUUGUCACUUGUGUUACAACAAAAUGAUCAAAAUAUUGUCCAAGCCAUAAUGCCGGAGAUAAAAGACAAUUGUAUGAUUGGUGGUCGUAGUAGACGUAGAAGGCUAGUCAUCACCAAUUUGCAUUAUUAUCGUGUGGAGAUUUUCUAUCAGGUUGUUGAUUCAGUUAUACAAGAGAUGGAUACUCGUUUUUCAGAAGUUGGCACAGAAUUGCUUAGUUUUGCGACCGCUUCUGUUGAAAGAGUAUUUUCUGCGAUGAAGACGAUAAAGACUGAUUUACGUAACAGAAUGGGAGACGAGUGGAUGAAUGACAAUCUAGUCGUAUACAUCGAGAAAAACAUCUUUUCAACAAUUGAAAAUGAACAAAUAUUGUAG